AGGAGCGAAAUGGGGAAUACCGAAGUGGCAAGAUUCAAGCUGAUGUGAUUGACCCCUGCGAAUAUUCGGAAGCCCUUUAGCCCAAACAGUGUGUGCUAUACCAGGCCAUGCUAUGGUGAGGUGUCUCAGCGAUGACGGAUGUGGAAGCGACCUAUGAGGACUUCAUCGCUUCUCGACGAUCUGGCCGAAGGAAUGCCAUCCACGACCUCCCAGCAGCCACUGGAGCGCAGGGACCCACUGACCUGUCACAGAGUCUGGCACAGCUCAACAUCAACCAGCCAGGCGAUGAGGGAGAAGAUGCUGAGAAAAGCCAGGACUCUCCUGCUAAAGAAGAGGAGACUGAAGCUGAGGGCAGCUAGCUGCCAUCACAUAUUUAUGGACUCCAACAGCCUGUUUUUCCCUAUCUGAUCCCUGAAUGCUAAGCCUCUGACUGGUCAAUUGCAUCUAGUGACUAUGAACAGAUAAAGCAAAAUCCUCUACUGCCACCAUCCCGCCAUCAGGAAGUCAUCGCUAUGGCAACCACAGCGCAGUCUCCCUUCUGUACUUGGGUGCGUUUCAACCUCUUUAAAAAGCCUUGCUGCCUUUCCCUCGUGGCUACUGAAGUGAAAUUGGAUGUGAUGUACAGUGAACGCAGCGUGACGUCAACGACCAAAACCAGCCCUGUUUGACUGUCAGCAGUCCUGAGUGGAAAGGAGUGUCGGAGAAGAGAAAGGAGGCCAUUCAAGGUUUUUGGGGCAGGCUUAAGUAUUGCCACAGAAUUAAAAUUUUGUCUUCCCUCCCCCCGUCGCCUUUAGUCAUUCACCACUGAUAUGUCUGAAAUACUUCCAGGGAAGCGAGGACAGUGACUGGACACCUACUCUUCCUCUGUUCUUCUUGCAUCAGUGCUUGCACACAUGUGCUCCCUUCUAUCCGUGCUCACUGUUGACUAUGUUCAGCCUCCAUCCACAUUUUUUCCCCCUACAAUUAUAUAUUUUGUAUAUUUUGGGAGGCUCAAUGGACAUUAUCUCAAAACUGCACUCAAAGUUAAACUGCAGCCAAAAGCGACGUGAUUCUGGCUUUUGUUUAUCCAUGUCAGUAUCAACUGAGAAUUUUCUUUUAAGCAAUGUGGGUAAAUAAUGGGUGCAUUUUAAUAUUUUAUUGGUUGGUCAAAUGGCAGCCAGCACAAAUCAGGUCAGGUCAAGCUAAGUUAGAAACAUAAUUGAUUUGCUCCUGACUGUCGCAGUGACAGGAAAAACGUUGUGUGAGUGUAACUGUUGGUGACUUCACUGUGUUUUGCCAUCUGACCCAUAACGUUUAUUGAGUUGAAGUGAAUAUUCACUUGCCUUUCUCUUUGUGCAUCAUCACAGAUGCAGCCAGUGUGGACAUCUACUAGAUAAUGCAUGUUUCCUUCCCGGAAUGAAACAUUAUAAAUAUAUUUUUCUGCCAGGGCGAUCUGGUAGCUCGACUGUUGUUUCUGUUUUAUUUCUGUGCUUUGUGUGUUCAGAAUAUUGUGAAGGUUUUAUUCAGGAGGAACUAUUUUCUGAUAUUCAAUGUUUAAACAUGCAAUUUAUCUUGUAUAAUUAACAGAUUUAACUUUUUUUUCUUCAUUUUAAAUAUUCAUUGUGAGAUUGACUUUUUUAUUUUUGCAGUUAUAUUAUUCACACAGUUUUUGGAAUUACGUUUUUUAAAACAAGAUUUUACCACGACUGGACCCCUUGAACAGAGUUUUGUUUUGUGGUUGAUCAUACGUUCUCGUCUUUCUCACUGUUUGUGACUGAUCUUGCCUUCAGUCCAAUAUUUGGCGGCAAAAGAUGCAAGACUUUUCUUCUUAAGUCCUCACAAAUACGUGUCUAUAUUAAAGUGCUCCCUGGAAGCAACACAUUUCUCAUACCUAUCACGUAUGUGUGUGUGUGUGUGUGUGUGCGUGUGUGCCUGUGUGUGUGUGUGUGCAUGUGUUUAAAUGUGAUUUGAUUUAAGGUGGAUAUUGAAAAAAAAUAAUAAUAAUUUGCUACUGGAGAUUAGAUAAAUUGCACUACAUCUAGCACUCACUAGUGUGUUAUUUUUUUAGCAUUGUUUUUUAUUAAAGGUGUAUACUGUAUAUAUGUAUUCCUUGGAUAGGGUUUCUGUUAGAAUUAUGUAUUGAAUUAUAAUGUUGUGCAGGCUGCCUAUGGAUUUUACAAUUCCCCCAUUUUUUGUCAGUCAACCUUUUAAUGGUGAACGAACUACCCCUUUUAAUACUAUAACUGUACACUGCCUUGUUUUGUUAAACCAAUCAAAUGCGUGGAUAUCCUAAACAUGUCUUUGCACAAUAUGCUGCACAACACUGGCAUAUUUCAUUUAAUUAUUUUCUUGAAUCUAGUCAUUUUAACUGAUCAAUUUGCUUUAUCAGUCUUGUUGACGGGGUUUAAGGGAUUAUUUUUUACAGUGUAUUUGUAUAACUCGUACAUUGAGUCGCGUGUGUUUCUUGACUGUUUCAGUGCGCCUGUUCAUUUUGCAUUUUCCAUAUUGUUAUUUUUUUUUUAGUUAUUUAGGCAGUUCAUUCAUGAAAUCCAUUCAGUGUGUUGUCAGAGGCUUUACUGCACAACACACUCAUGUUUGACUUCAGUUUUGUUGGUUUAAAUGUGCAAUUAAAUGUCACUGGCGAAAAA